GGCGCCACAACGGCCCUGCUGGGAGGCUGCUGCGCGCGGAAGGCAGCCAAUGGGAGCAGAGCGGGGCGCGCGCGGGGCGGGAAGGCGCUCGCGGUUUGAAAGCGGCGGCGCUGAGGCGGCGCUGAGGAGGCGGCGGCGGCGGCGCGGCGGGGCCCCGGCGGCCCGGGAUGGCAGCGGCCUUGAAUCGUUUUAAAAAGGAAUACAGACCAAGAUUCUGCCGCGAAGCAGGAAGUAAGAUUGAUAUACAGCCGGGUCAAAACAUACUUAAAGUUGUGCGGGAUUAUUUUGAAAACUGUGAUGAUAAUCUCUCCAUAUGCUCUCCAAGUGCAACCCACUGCUCAACUCCUAUUGUCCAAAAUGAGAAGAGGACUUCAGUACAUAGCAAGAGGCCAAAGGCAGGGUUAACUAACUCUGUGAAAAGAGCCUGUGACUCUCCAGAGUCCUUACCUGCAUCACCAAUAAAACGAGUCAGGAACAGAGAACAGUCCCAUGAGGCAACCCUGAAGCCUGGAACGCAUGAUUAUGUAGCUGUUUCUAAGAAGACAGAGUCUCCUGUGUGUAAAGGAGAAGCAAAUAACAGAUUAGAAGAUGUUGAUGUACUAUGCAUAACUCCUGCUGUGUCUUUAGACUCUGAGGAUGAUCAUGGGUCUGUUAAAUCACCCCUGCUUUUGGAGGAACCAAAGCCUUCUCCAGCACACGUGUUACGUUUUGAUGACCGAAAUAGUCCUGCUGCGGUGAAUAUCCACCUGGAAGUUGAAAAUCUGGAAGGACCUCAGACUGGGAGAGAUGAGAAUGUUGUCAUUGUGCAAGGAAGAAAAUGCAAUACUAAGUCUCCUGCAGAGAGCAAGUCUUUCUCUUCAGCUGUCUUAGCAGCUGUAGCAACAGGAGCACUUGGAAAAAGGUAUUCAGCCUCAAUAUCACCACCAUCACCUCCUCAUGCAGAAGUUCAAAAUAUUGAAAUAGAAGAUGAAUGUGAAUUUUUAAUUGAUGAAUUGGAUAAUCCAUCAUCUAAGUUUUGGUUCUCAGUAGCCUCUAAGAACAACAAAUUAAAAAGAGACACCUCUGUAACACCUGUUUCCAAAUCUCAGCCCUCCAGAAAGAAUACAGAGAGUAGGAAAGGGAAGAAGAGAAAAGUGCAGGCUGAAGCACUUACUGAACAGCAAGCAGAUGACUUGGAUGUCAGAGUACUGGACUUCAAAGGAGUAUCAGAAUCAGAGGCAGACUGUAACAGUGAAGGAAAUGUCCUUAAAUCGCCGUGGCAAAGCAGUACUCGUAUGGGAAAGACUGGAAAAGAUGCACUUAGGCAAGGCUCUUCAAAGCAGAAAAAGAUGUCCAGGAGGCCAGAAGCUGACGCAGUGACGUUGCCUCAGCCUGAACUAGAAACGCAAGCAUCUGAUGCAGAACAAUGUAAAACAAGUGAGACUCCAGGUAGGGAUUCACCUCUGCCCUCAGGUGGACAUGAGCAAGAGAAGACUGUCUCUCUAAAAAGGAAUCUCAAGCUUUCCAAGAAUCUACAGUUGGCUUCAAAAGCUUCUCAACAUUUAGAUCCCAAGAAAAAGACUGCUAAGCAGAAACCUCCAAAAGCUCCACUGGGUAAGGGGCAGGCAGAAAGUCCAAGAAAGAAGCUUAAAAAAUCUGCCAAGAAAAGUAGUAAUAAAAAAGCUCUGUUACAAAGAGAAAAGAGUUCUGACAGUGAACCUGGUGAAGAAGAGAUGGAAAAAGAGCCUGUAAAACCGGAUGAAGAGUUCACAUCGGUCUCUCAUCAGAAAUUACAGACUCCCACCACUCAAAAGUUGACCAAGUCUGAAAAUAUAUUGCAGGUACUGGAGUCACUGGAUGAUGCAAGUAACAGAAGUCUUGUAAAAGCACUGCAGUAUCUCAUAGACAGCAUGAGGAGUUCUGAAGUGAAACAGUUGCCAGCCAAGUCUCCAGAGAAGGCUCCCCAAAAGCUCUGUCACAGAGACAGUGAAGGCGCUUGCUCAGACACUGAGAAUGCUCAGUCUCGCAUGCGUUCUGACAGCACUCCUGUGCGGGGCAUGGUGAGGAAGAAACAGAAGCUAGCAGGUGUGAAAGGAAAAAGCAACAAAAGGAAACAUCACGUGCAGCAUGGACCACACGGUUUCUGUGAAGCUGAGAAGGCCACGAAUUGUGCAAGUGGGCCUGUCCUAGAAGAUGAUGACAAAUUGGUCCCUGGCAAUCAGUAUUCUGAACAUGAUAGUUUAUCUCCAGCUGUUUCUGAAGACUUGGAUUUUCAAGCAAGAGCUCUGUCAGACAAAUCAAGAAGCGGUAAGAUAGUAAUGCCUUCCAACACUCCUAAUGUGCGGCGGACAAAGAGGAUCCGCCUGAAGCCUCUGGAGUACUGGCGAGGAGAGCGGGUGGACUAUGCAGUAAGUCCUUCAGGAAAUCUUGUGCUUAGUGGAGUUGUGUGUCCAGAAACAGGACCUCCGAGGACAGUUAGACAGAGGAAGGAUGGUCACAAGCAGAAAACAGCUAAAAGAAGAAAGAAGAAACCUCUAGUUUUGGAUCACAGCCUAGCUGAUACUGCUAAGCCAACCAUUGUACUGGACCCAGUCACAAAUGAGGAGGUACCUCUAGAAUGUGUCACCACUGAAAUGUGUCACUCGUGCUUCUUCAAGGACGAAACAGUAGAAAUCUAUAAACACCUGAAUACCUCUGCUUUUGCCACCGGGAAACUGAUUUUGAAGCCACUCAAGGAGAAGGGGCACCAGUUUGUGCACAUGGAUACCAUAGUUUUCCACGUUAUCUAUGGCAAAAUUAUCACCACUUUACAUAAGACAUCAUACUGCCUGUCUACAGGGGACUACUUCUAUGUUCCAGCAGGAAACGGAUACAACAUCCGCAAUCUUCUGGAUGAAGAAAGCGUUCUUCUCUUCACCCAACUCAAAAAGGACAGGUGAAGAGCUUGGUGUAGAGGGGUUUGCUGGAGUUCUACUGAAGCUGUUGUAUGUUCUAAAGUUCUUUUUACAUACAAGAACCGUUUAGAGUGGGCCCAGCUUAACAUUGCAAAGUCAUACAGAGCAGCUGCGAUCAGUUGAGAGCAAACCCAAGAGAGCCCCCAGUAGUUUGCUGUCAAACUGAAAUAACAUAACUGAGAGGCCUUGCUCUGCAUCAUUUCACUGGUCUUGUGCCAUCCAAAGACACAGAGAUCUAUGUACAAAUUUGUGAAUAAAGCACAUUGUUGUUGUUUCAAACCCUA